CUCUCUCUAUCACUCUCAUUCCUUAACAAGAGAAGAUGGCUAAGAAGAAGCAUGUUUUGAAGGAAGAUGAAGAAGAUGGUUCCAACAGCAAACAAGUCUCUCGACCUGACUUCCCUCCUGACUUUGUCUUUGGUGUUGCGACUUCUUCCUACCAGAUUGAAGGAGGCUGCAAGGAGGGUGGCAGGGGUGCAAGCAUAUGGGACGUUUUUGCACACACCGAAGGAAAAAUUAUUGAUGGAAGCAAUGCUGAUGUGGCAGUGGAUCAUUACCACCGAUACAAGGAAGACAUCGACCUUAUAUCUGAGCUGGGGUUCCGUGCUUACAGAUUUUCCAUAUCAUGGCCUCGUAUCUUCCCAGAUGGUUUGGGAACCAAAGCGAAUGAAGAGGGAAUUGCUUUCUACAACAAAGUGAUUGAUGCCCUUCUUGAAAAGGGUAUCAAGCCCUAUGUGACUUUGCAUCAUUGGGAUCUUCCAUUGCAUCUUCAUGAUUCAAUGGGGGGGUGGUUAAAUAAGCAAAUUGUAGAAUACUUUGCUAUCUAUGCAGAUACUUGCUUUGCACAUUUCGGAGAUAGAGUCGAGACCUGGACUACUAUAAAUGAGCCACUGCAUAUUGCUGUGGGAGGAUAUGAUACUGGAACAUCUGCUCCUGGUAGAAGCGAAAAUUCAUCAGCAGAAACAUAUUUAGCUGCACACCAUAUGAUUUUGGCGCAUGCUGCGGCUGUUUCCGUAUACCAUAGCAAGUACAAGGAUAAGCAAGGGGGCCAGAUAGGAAUAGUGCUGGAUUGUGAAUGGGCAGAGGCUAAUUCAGAUAAAUUGGAGGACAAAUGUGCUGCAGUUAGGCGUGUUGAAUUUCAGCUUGGAUGGUUCUUGCACCCAUUGUAUUUUGGCGACUAUCCUAAAAGCAUGCGUGAGCGACUCAGGGAUCAGCUUCCAGAGUUCACAGAGGAAGACCAGGAGUUACUUAGUAGCUCCAUGGACUUUGUUGGUCUAAAUCAGUAUACGUCAAGGUUAGUAUCUCAUGCAGCGGAGAGUGCUGAAGAAGGUCAUUUUCACAAAGCGCAACAGAUUGAGAAAAUUGUGGAAUGGGAAGAUGGCGACAUGAUUGGUGAAAAGGCAGCAUCAGACUGGCUCUAUGUUGUUCCUUGGGGCAUGCGGAAGGUUCUCAAUUACAUAGCAGAUACAUACAGUAAUUUGCCAAUAUAUAUCACUGAGAAUGGUAUGGACGAUGAGGAAAAUGACACUGCCCCUCUCCAUGAGAUGCUUGAUGACAAACUGAGGGUUCGUUUUUACAAAGGAUACCUUGCCGCCGUUGCUCAAGCAAUCAAGGAUGGAGUAGAUGUGAGGGGAUUUUUUGCAUGGUCAUUGCUGGACAACUUUGAGUGGAGUCAUGGCUACACCAAGCGCUUUGGUUUGGUAUAUGUGGAUUACAAAAAUGGCCUCACUCGGCAUCCUAAAUCAUCUGCAAUUUGGUUCAAGCAGUUCUUGAAAGGUGAAGGAAGUAACAAGGACAAUGAAGAAUGAUAGCAGAUACAGUAACUGCCAGCCACCAAUUACUCAGUACUUCAACAUGUUCAUCUGGAUGCUCAUAAUUUGAGCAAAUAAAGCUUGUGGACCUUUUUCUUUUCUCAGUUAUAUCUUUGAAUAAAUGGGGCUGGCGAUUAUUUAUCCGCCAUCACGCACUCCUCCUGUAAUUGUUUCUGGUUAUAUAAAUUUAACAUGCUCUA